UCGAUUCUCUCGUGCGAGGACGUCUGCCGUUAGGAAACUGACUGACAGUUAAGAAUUUUUUACCAUUGACAGGUCAGGUUUGCACUUCUUUACUGCAUAUUUAGGCGAUCUAACGAGAGAUGCCGAGGAAGAAGCCAUUCAGCGGAAAACAGAAGAAGAAGCAACUACAGGAGAAGCGGGACAGGAAAAAAGGGGACGGUUCUUCUGGACAACGAACUAAUGCAGCCAUUUCACAUCGCUCGCGCCAGCAGAGCUACGAAUUGAAUAGCAGCGAAGAGGAACGUGAGUCAGGGUCUGGCGCAGAACAUGCCGGGGCCGGUAUCCCGGAAGUCAGCAAGCUGAACCAGCAGCCAAUCAGCAACAAGAAGCAACAGACAGAUAGACAGCAUGACCCCAACAGAUAUCGCCUGCAUUUUGAGAAGGAUUCCAGAGCCGAAGUUGAGAGGAGAAAGAAGCAAUCUAUGCAGCCGUUUGAAGUCCUGCCUGAGGUAGCCCUCGAGGUGGACCUGGAGGACAUCUACCGGCCUGGCUCGGCGCUGGACAUGCCCAAGCGGCCCACCUGGGAUUACAGCCUCAGCAAGGAGCAGGUGGAGGCUCGAGAGGAGGCCAUGUUCCAGGAAUACCUGCAGAACAUCUUCACCAAGUACUCCUCCAGGCAGCUCAGCUACUUCGAAAUCAACUUGGAGACGUGGAGGCAGCUAUGGCGAGUCCUAGAGAUGUCCGACAUCAUCCUCCUGAUCACCGACAUCCGCCACCCGGCCCUCCACUUCUCGCCGGCCCUCUACGACUACGUCACCCGGGACCUUCGCAAGCACCUGAUCCUGGUGCUGAACAAGAUCGAUUUGGCCCCGCCCCCGCUGGUGGUGGCCUGGCUCAGCUACCUGAAAGAGAAGUUCCCUGACGUCCACGUGGUCUGCUUCACGUCCUUCCCCCGGGAGAACCUGAUGCCCAACAGCGUCGACCCAGGAAAAGUGCUACAUCGCAGGAGACGAAAAGGAGCUUAUACCGCUGUUGGUCCUAUGCAACUACUCAAAGCCUGCCAGACUAUUUGCCAAGGACGAGUUAACCUGAGCAGUUGGAGGGAAAAGAUAGAGGCGGAGCUCAGGGGAGAGGAGGGGCUGGCGGCCAAGAUCAUUGAGAGCACCGAUGGCGAGACUAUGCAGGACACGAGCUUUUCAGAGCACGAGUUUUUCAAGGAUGGAGUGCUGACGAUAGGAUGUGUAGGUCACCCCAACGUUGGCAAGUCGUCCCUCAUGAACGGUCUGUGCGGCCGGAAGGUGGUCAGCACCUCACGGACGCCCGGACACACCAAGCACUUUCAGACCAUCUUCUUGACCCCCACCGUCAAGAUGUGCGACUCCCCUGGCCUGGUGUUCCCGUCCCUAGUCGACAGACAACUCCAGAUCCUGUCGGGCAUGUAUCCCAUAGCCCAGGUCCAGGAGCCGUACACCUGCGUGGGCUAUUUGGCCCAGCGGGUCAACCUCAUCCCCAUCCUGAAGAUCAAGCACCCACUGUACGGGAACAAACCCGAGGAGAGAGAAAGUGAGGAGUGGUCAGCGUGGGAUAUAUGCGAAGCGUGGGCUGAAAAGCGCGGGUUUAUGACCACCAAGGCAGCAAGGCACGACGUCUACCGGGCAGCUAACAACCUCCUACGAUUGGCCGUGGAAGGCAGGCUGUGUCUAUGCAUGCGGCCGCCGGGCUAUACCAACCAGAAAGAGCGAUGGGAGCAACACCCGGAGACACUGGAGAUCGCCAAGCUCCAGGAACAGCACAAGCAGCUCAACGCGGAGGAGGUUGACCAGUCAGAGUUCACCAGCUCCACGGAGGAGAACAGCGACGCGGACGUGGAGAGCAACGAGCCUGAACGGGACACGGACACGCGCCGGCGGCGGAGGCGGAUGAAGGCCAGGGAGGAUUCGGAGGGCGACCGGGGGCUGGUGGCCACCAGCAACAAGUUUGCGCUGCUGUCGGCCGAGUGACGAGUGAUGCUCGAGAUUCGAGACGAUUUUGGGGAGCAGGCAUCACUGUGGCAAGUUCGAGCACCGGUGAAUAUGUUUUUCUUGGAAACAAGGCUGUGGUGUUGGAAGGAACACAUGAUGUCAUUUUCGCAAAGGAAGCAGGUCCUGGAAGAAACAGUUGGAAGAAAUAUAUCAAUGCUGGCACUCCACAGAUUAAAACCCCGCCUGCCGAGUUUUUAGACAGUUCACCCAAGAUGAGGGAUUCAGGACAAAGAAAAACAAAGACAAGGUGGAUAAGAGAGGAAGGAAGUUGUGUUGCGUUCAGCGCCAAAGAUGGCUGCAUUUGAACUGGAAUACUGUUGAAAAUGUUUUCAGAAAGAAUGCACAAGGCAUCAUCAGUUAAGCCAAGAGGAACUUUAACGGAUUCACAUCGGCUUGAGAUUACAACAUUUGAAUUUCUACCGCACUCUAGCUUGGGGUGUAAUGCAUCGUAAUGCCAUUUGUGUUUUUCUUGUCUUUUUUUUUUUUUUUUUUUACAACAACAUGCAAGAAAAUCAGGGAAUUGAGCAAGAGUUUUCAAUAAUUUAUUGACUGCUGUGACUGCAGGUCUGAGAGGCAGAGGUCGCUUUUUUACAACUAAGAAUCCCCUGAGUUUAGAUGAACUGCCACUCGGCAGAAAACCUGGUUUCUGUUGCUCUGGUUUGGAUGAACUUGCAAUGCUUGUACCACUAAUUUCAACACUGGCUUUAUCAUCAGUAUUCAGUGCAAUCUCAACCCUCAAGUGAGAUCACUCGUAGUUUUCAGUUCACCGUGUAUUUACCACAGUGAGGCUGGACAAACAAGCCUUCGGUUUGCACAGUUUGAUAUUUCUCUGCACAGUUUGCAAAAAAAGGCCUAAUAUUUCAAGUAUAGCAUUUUAAAAAUCUGGAAUUUCAAACAUUUCUUCCUUAGGUACUGGUAGUGAAAUAGCCGCCAAAGGCUGAAGAGAGCAGUGGAUAGGUAUUGAAAUGGCAGUUGGCCAGCAUGGACUGGUCGAGUUCACAACCACAUCGUUCUGGGUUAUCACAACGAAAAGUUCAAACAGUAGGGGCCAGUUAGGAAAUGCGGCUUGCACUUGUUGGAAAUAGAUGUGUGCAAAAUUGCAGUACGUGGGCUUUUUUUUUUUCCUUUGUGUAUUCAAAGACACAUACCUAGUACAUGUAAAUGAAAGCGAUUCUCACCUCUCACCAAAAAUAUUAUACCUGGCACGGUUUCCAGCACAGUUGGUUUGGAGUGCGGAAUGAGGCACUGGCUAGCGCAGCCUUUGGCAAAGUUUGUACUUGCAAACCAGGGAAGGGACUUGAAUCAUUGUCCAUUUGAAUCUUAGCUGAUGGUGGUUAUUAUCCUGCUACUUUUAACCAAUCAAAGAUUUUCAGAUUGUCAGUGUCAAUUAUAUUUGGAAGAGAGUUAAAACUGUCUGGGCAAUACAGACUUUUGAAGCAAUCAACUGUGUAUUCAUGGAGAAGUCCAAAGCUUUACCUCCAGAAAGCCCUUAAUAAUUCCAGUUGUUUGUAACUGUAUUAUAUGAUUGAUGGAAGUAGAAUUGAAGAAAGGGGCCCUCGAGAUCUCUGCAUUUUGGGGGGAAAAUGCUUAGAUUGAUGGGGUUUUUGUGAGACGGGCGAAAAAGAGUUUGUAUUACGGUUACGAUAUACAUGUCUGGAUUGAAAAGAUCUGUAUCACUUGUACAUGUAAAAGAUUGGAUUUACACGAAAGUCGUGAUAUUUGAUGCAUGGGCUCUAUCACAUCUUUCUUUGCAGGAAUAACAGGUGCUUGGAAAUAUUUGCGAAAAAGUCAAAAGAGUAUCUAAAAAGGCAGGUAUACUUAGGGGAGAUAAGAUUGUUGGAGGUCAAUUUAUAUGAGAGUAUCUUUGUCUUAAACAUUGGAAGACCGUGAGGGUGGACAGCUGUUGAAUUUCUUGUUCAUAUUCUGAUAUCUAAGAACUUCAGUGCUCCAGUGCCUUUUUUUCACGGUCAUUUACGUGUUUGUUUCUUAGAACAUUUCAUUAUGCUAUGAUGACGGGGGAGGGGGGGGCAAGUUAGGUCCAGUCCCAGUAAACUGGCUGUGGCUAGGAGUAGCUCACUUGUCUAUUGAGAAUUGCUGUCAGCCGCUUGCCAGUGGCACAGCCAUAGCUUUCGCCAAUGGCUUUACCACACUAACAGCUGGUCUUUCUUAGAGUCUCGCGUUGGACGUGCGGAUUGUUGGUGUCCAUAGGCAAGACACUUUACACUAAUUUCCUCUUUCCCACCGUGACAACAGUGUUGGUGGAUGCAAAACUGUCAAGUUUCAUGGGGACAAAUUUUGUAGUCGUUGAACCAGGUUCUCGUUGCACAGAUUGAUGUAGUGCCGUAUUUUGGUUGCAGAGGUCACCGUUAAUUAGGUUCGCUCAACCGCAUAUUAAUCGUUUCAAGCUAACCGUCCUAACUGCCUCCACUCGCCCCUUUUCGGGAUUUUCAGGAGCUACGACUUGAACCUCUUGCAUUUUUUUUCACAGUCUCAGUGCUCACAUUCAGUGCUUUGACCUCAGAGUUCAAUAAGAAAUUAAGCCCCGCAUUUGCCAUUAAUGUUAUACGUAAUGUUUUUUUUUUCAAAAUUUAAACGAAAAUAAAAUGUGCUGCAAUAGUUUACCUAAGUUUUGUGUCGAUCACAAUUUGAAAUGUUCUUGCUUACUUUUAUAAAAUUAGCGUUAAUAGAGGAAUAAUGCAAAACAGUACUUACUCCAGUUGUUUGAUUGAUUAUGCAACAUCAUUUUGGCAACGAACUAUUGUGAACAUUUAAUUUGAAAUUGGAUGACCAGAAAGAGUCAUAUUAAAGACGCGAGUGUAUGUUUACCUUGAA